AUGGCCUCGUCACGGCAGGCUGUGCCGCUGCUGCUCCUCCUCGCGGCCGUGGCGGCGCUCGUGGGGUCCGCGACGGCAGGUGCAGAGCUGACGGCCCUCCACGCGCGCAUGGCGGCGGAGUGGGCGUGGUCGGCGGCGUCGUCGUCCGACGACGACUCGUGCUGGGGCUCCCCGGAGGAGUGCCCCGUCGUGCACGACGUGGGCGCCGAGGGCGCCGGCGCCGGCGCCGCGGCGAGGGCCCGGAUGCGGCUGCAGCAGGCGUACUACUACGACGUGAACACGGCGGCCACCCUGCUGCCGACGGCGCAGUACAUCAGCUACGGCGCUUUGAUGCGGGACUCGGUGCCGUGCUCCAUCCCCGGCGCGUCCUACUACAACUGCCAGCCAGGCGCCGAGGCCAACCCCUACACGCGCGGCUGCUCCGAGAUCACCCAGUGCCGCGGCUAG